AUGAUGAGUCGUCAAGCUUAUUUCUACCGGGUCCCUCCUCAGGAGCUGCACAGGAGGAGCCAGCAGGACCCCACCAAGACUAAGGCCCUGCAGACUGUCAUUGAUAUGAAGGACACUAAGAUAUCGUCUCUGGAGAGGAACAUCCGAGACCUGGAGGAUGAGGUCCAGUUGAUGAAGACCAGCGGGCUGCUCCACCCUGGCGACCGCCUGGAUGAACUCAAACACAUGGAGGUCUACAAAAGCCACUCCAAGUUCAUGAAGAAACAGGUAGACCAGCAGAAGCAGGAGCUGAAUAAGAAGGAAUCAGAGAUGCAGGCCCUACAGACCAAACUGGAUGCUCUGACCAACCAGAACUCAGACUGCAAACAGCACAUAGAGGUGCUCAAAGAAUCACUCAGCGCCAAGGAGCAACGCUCUACCACACUGCAGACCGAGCUCUACCAGAGUGGAUCAAAGCACUCCAGCUCUACCAGAGUGGAUCAAAGCCCUCCAGCUCUACCAGAGUGGAUCAAAGCCCUCCAGCUCUAUCAGAGUGGAUCAAAGCCCUCCAGCUCUAUCAGAGUGGAUCAAAGCCCUCCAGCUCUAUCAGAGUGGAUCAAAGCCCUCCAGCUCUACCAGAGUGGAUCAAAGCCCUCCAGCUCUAUCAGAGUGGAUCAAAGCCCUCCAGCUCUACCAGAGUGGAUCAAAGCCCUCCAGCUCUACCAGAGUGGAUCAAAGCCCUCCAGAUCUAUCAGAGUGGAUCAAAGCCCUCCAGCUCUACCAGAGUGGGUCAAUGCCUCACAGCCAGGUUCCAUAGAGGCUGAUAGUCAUGAUACUGACUCACUCAGGGCAGGAGGGGUAAAGGGAGGGCCACAGACCCACAGACAGGCAGCCACUCUGGUGGAUGCGUUGCGUGUACGUCUGGAAGAGAAGGAGUCCUUCCUCAGUAUGAAGACCCAGCAGCUCCAGGACCUGACGGAGGAGAAGGAUACGCUGGCCGGAGAGAUCCGGGACAUGAAGGAUAUGCUGGAUGUUAAGGAGAGGAAGGUCAACAUCCUGCAGAAGAAGAUAGAGAAUCUUUUGGAGCAGUUAAAGGACAAGGACAAGCAGCUGGCGGUUCUGAGAGACAGAGUCAAGGGUCUCCAGACUGACUCCAGCAACACAGACACAGCACUGACCACGCUGGAGGAGGCCCUGUCUGAAAAG